AAUCGGUUCUGGUGAAUGGCAGUGAAUUACCUCAAGCUGUUUUGGAAUAUACAAGAAAUAAUGAUAAAAUUGUUAAGGACUGAGUACUGUGACAAGAUAUUGUCCAAGUAUCAAGAUGAAUUGUUACCAGCUGAAUCGUUUGAGGAAUAUUGUGACGUAAUGGGUUUACUUAAUGUUAUUCAAAGUCCUUCUACUUUCCUCAAAGAUGUGCUAUCAUCAGUUACUGUUUCUUCUUCCUGAUGCUGUGUGUGUGUGUUUCUGCUUUGAAUUAACAUUGAAUAUUAUUACUGUUGUGUUUACUAUUAUUAUUAGCUCUA